AUGGCAGGAGGUCGCGCGGGUGCAAGAAAGGGAAGGACGUGGAGUGAUGAUGAGCAGUUCACCUUCGAUAAUGUGGAGUACGUUCAUGAGAAGGAAGACAAAUCUCACCACCGUCAUGAUUCCAAAACACUUGUCAAGGAGAUCGAAUACGAGGCUAAGCACCGUCCGGAGCACCGCGGAUCAUCUCACGAGCAACGUAUUACCACAACGACUACCACUACGAAUAAACUUUACGACCCAUAUGCAAUUCCUGUUGAGGCGCAUGGCCGUGAUGAUGUAAGCAAGGAACUAAUGACGCACGUGGUAGAACCGAUGAUUCGUGAGAUCAUGCAAGGAACAGCGCUCACGGAUAACUCCGCCCACUUCUACGAAUACACUCCCAGUUCUCACGCAAAUGACCACAAGGAUAACUACUCGUAUUACUCGCGUUCGGUAUAUGACAAGGAUCAGCAUCAUCAUCGUGACGCUCCUAUUCUAGUCGACACACCUCGUCGCCGCGGCACCAAUGAACAAGUCGAAAUCCGAACCCAAAUGCAUUCAUCCGGACACUCGACUUUGGCUAACUACGAAGCUGAGGUUAUUCCACCAGUGCCACUCAAGGAAACUCAUUAUCAUCAAUUUCACGAGUUACGUUAUCGCCAGCCCCGCGAUCUUUCUAAGACUGCUGUCAACCUUCGUCAACAUCAGGAACACGGGGAGGUGCAUCGGCACGACCCCGAGAUGUGCCCCGAGUGUCGUGCUGAACACCACAUCGGGCACAUCACUGAAAAGACUCAGGCCCAUGCGAAACAUACACAUGAAAAGAUAAGUCAUGAGGAGCCUGACCAUGAUGAAUAUCAACGUCAUCAAAGUCGUGAAGACGGUCAUCGUCAUGAGUAUCGCGAUGAUCACCAUAGUCAUGAACAUCGUGAUGAGCGUAGCCAAAAACUUUAUGAUGAUCGCCAUCUUCAUCAGCAUAUUGACAGCCGUCGUCAUGAAGGCCAUGAUGAUCGUCAUCGUCACGAGCACCAUGUGGAGCGUCGUCUUGAGGGUCAUGAUGGUCGUCAUCGUCACGAGCACCAUGUGGAGCGUCGUCUUGAGGGUCAUGAUGGUCGUCAUCGUCACGAGCACCAUGUGGAGCGUCGUCUUGACGGUCAUGAUGAUCGCCAUCGCCACGAGCACCACGUCGACCAUCACCAUGAAUUUCAUGAUGAUCAUCGUCGUCGCGAGCGUCAUGGAGACCAUCACCAUGAACUUCACGAUGAACGCUAUCGUCCUGAGUAUCGUGAUGAUGUUCAUCUACAUAUGCAGCAUUAUCACCAUGACGACCAUGAUCGACAGCAUGACCAUGACCAGAAGAUCCACCACCAAGUCAUCAGUCAACACAAACAAUCUGACUAUGUCUACGAGCCGUCAGAGUAUAGCGUGGAGUCGGAGGACGUCAAUCAAUUGACUGUCUCCGAGCUCACUAACGUUUUUGGAGGUGCCGUCAGACUACGCAAACCCGAUCACGUUGAAGAGCACAAAACCCACAAGCGAACUUCGUCAAUUCAUCGUAUUGAUGACGUGGUACGCACGGCAAAUGUCGGAGGAGGCAUUGUGGACACGAGAUCCGAGGUCGUCUCGAAGCACUCGUACCAGCCCCAGAUCAAGACCGCAGGGGCUACUCCUGCUGCUCACAAGGCAGCAUCUGCUCAUCACUACACGCCUUCACCUGUUCAGCUUCACAGCGCACCGGCAACAUCACCUAAGGUAACUCCAGCAGCUGCUCCUGUGACUGUUGCUCGUAUGACUCGUCAAUCAAACUCGGACCAGUUCAACUCGAUCAGAGUCGUGAGAAAUGUUCGCGAUUUUGUCAACGUGUAUGGACGUAAGGAUUUUGAUCUGAAGCAGAACGAGGUCAUUACCUCACCUUUGUCACCGAAGAGCCCCGUUCUCCCCAAUGUACAGGAGCACAAGAUGACCUCUUCCAUACAAGCGCUGCCAAGAACUAACGUCGCUGCUGCUCAGCAUCAAGUUCAACAAACCCAGAAGCAAACUGUCGUGAAGACCGACGUACGUAGCUAUCCAAAGGUGGAUGCUGUUGUGCAACAGCACGCCGUUACGCACGUGUCGACUACUCGUAUGCCAACAGCACCUGCUCAAGUUUCCAGUCGUGAUAACGUCGACAUGCACCACGAGGCACAUCAGCACAGCACUGAGCACGACAUGCAUCAUCAACAUGUAGGCAUGGCUCAUCAUCAACAUCAGCAUGACGACCACACCGUUGAGCUGUACAUCAAUCUCGGAUGCGCCUUCGGUAUAGCCAUCGAUAUCAUGGGUAAGGGCGAUGGGGGAGGAGCGGAAGUUGGGUUCCAGGUGGAUGCUGUUGUGCAACAGCACGCCGUUACGCACGUGUCGACUACUCGUAUGCCAACAGCACCUGCUCAAGUUCCAGUCGUGAGUUAG